GAGGGCUACAGCUGCAGUGGUGAAAGAAGGAAGAGCGACAGGGACGUACCUCGGCUCCCAGUCGUGACGUUCCUCUGUAAAUAUUCAGUCGCUCGGAUCUUGGGAUUGUUCUUUUUCGGUCUCACCACAUUUUUACUCCACUCCCAAGGAGGCGAGGGCUCCCGGCCAACGACAGUCUUAUCUGGCGGCUGUAGACUGGAGGAGGACGUUGGCUGAGCCACGGACGUUUUGAAUCAGCUUGUGGCAGAGAGCCUGCAGGCUCUACACUAAUGCUGAGAGAGGAUGAAGAGGUUUAAGCGACAUGGUCAUGAGUCUCACAGAGAUCGACUCAAACAGGAACUCUACCAGUUCAACAAGACAUUGGAGCAUGGGUUCCCGCACCAGCCCAGUGCUUUGGGGUACAGUCCCUCCCUGAAGCUGCUGGCCAUUGGCAACCGCUCCGGAGCCAUCAAACUGUACGGAGAUCCAGGUGUGGAAUUCAUGGGUUUACAUGACGAGAAUGCUGCCGUCACACAGGUGCACUUCCUUCCCCACCAGGUUGAACUGGUGACUUUGCUGGAUGACAACAGUCUGCAUAUGUGGACUUUACGAGCCCACAAUGGACUGUCGGAGCUGCUGGAGGUCGGACGUUUUAUGCUCACAGGACCACCUGGCGCUCCUCCAAGUGUGACGAGAGUCACAGCAGUGCUGGCCCACUCGUCGGGUGAGCUUCUGCUGUUGGGUACAGAGGGAGGACACGUCUUCGUCGUUGAAGUCCCUGGGUUUAGAGAGCUGGAGGAGAGGAACAUCAGUCUCGAACAAGUUGCCAGCAGUGUACCAGAUGACUACAUUGGCCGACGGAAUCUGGAACAUGUAGAAGCCUUACAGGAAAACCCAAUUAACCCAAACCAGGUUGUUAUUGGCUACGGUCGAGGUCUCAUGGUAAUAUGGGAUCUUGAGAAACAGUGUGCCAGACAGCACAUCCCUGCAACACAGCAACUGGAGAGUAUAUGGUGGACAGGUGACGGUAGCUACAUUCUCAGUUCUCACAGCGACGGGAGUUACUGUCGAUGGAUGGUCGGUAGAGAGGAUGUAAAUGACGAGGAAGAGAAAUCAGACAUUCCUUACGGACAUUUCCCCUGUAAGGCCAUUUCUAAAAUAGUUCAGGUACCUACAGAAGAAGGACCUCCAUACCUGCUGUUCAGCGGUGGUAUGCCAAGGGCCAGUUAUGGGGACAGACACUGUAUCACAGUGAUCCACGGUAAAAAGCAUGUGGCCCUGGACUUCACCUCCAGGAUCAUCGACUUCUUUGUCAUCAGAGAUGGACCUCAGCACACAGGAGAUCCCACUGCACUGGUGGUCCUGGUCGAGGAGGAAUUGGUGGUGAUUGACCUACUGACGGAGGGCUGGCCAGUCAUUCAGACACCAUACCUGGUUCCCCUGCACAGCUCCGCCAUCACCUGUUCCCACCACGUCUCCGCCAUUCCCCUCAAGCUCUGGGAGAGGAUCAUUGCUGCCGGGGACCUGCAGAACACACACUACUCUAAAAAGCCAUGGCCAGUAACGGGAGGCAAGAACUUGGCCCCAGACCCUCCACAGAGAGACCUGCUGCUCACAGGACACGAGGACGGAACGGUGCGUUUCUGGGAUGCGUCGGGAGUCUGUCUGUAUCCCAUGUACAAGCUGAGCACAGCUGGAGUUUUUCACACAGACAGUGAUCCCAAUGACAACUUAAACCAGGGCACUGAGGGAGAGUGGCCGCCAUUCAGGAAGGUUGGCUGUUUCGACCCCUACAGUGACGACCCGAGGCUCGGUGUUCAGAAGAUCCAUCUUUGUAAAUACAGUGGUUAUCUGACUGUGGCUGGCACGGCUGGACAGAUUCUGGUGCUGGAGCUUAACGAUGAGGCAGCAGAGCAGAGUGUGGAGGCUAAAGUUGUGGACUUGCUGCAGGGCCAAGAGGGCUUUCGUUGGAAGGGUCACACUCGUCUGGAUGUGCGAGAUGAGCCAGUAUUGUUUCCGCCAGGCUUCCAGCCCUUCGCUCUGGUCCAGUGCCAGCCUCCCGCUGUGGUCACCGCCCUGACGCUGCACUCGGAGUGGAAGCUGGUAGCUUUUGGCACGAGCCACGGUUUUGGCGUAUAUGAUUACCAACAGAAGAACAACGUCCUCGUCAAAUGUACCUUACACCCCAGUGACCAGCUGGCAAUGGAAGGUCCUCUGUCCAGAGUAAAGAGCAUAAAGAAAUCCCUCCGUCAGUCAUUCAGGAGAAUGAGACGCAGCAGAGUCUCACUAAGGAAACACCAUGUCAACAAUGCAGCGAAGCUUCAGGAUGCCAACGCUCGUCUGGAGGCAGAGCUGGCUGAAAUGGAGCUGGCUCCGGUCCAGAGGAAGAUCGAGGCUCGCUCCUCGGACGACUCCUUCACCGGUCUUGUGCGAACGCUCUACUUUGCCGACACCUUCCUCGCAGACAGUUCACAUAACACACCCUCCCUAUGGGCAGGGACAAAUGGUGGUUGUGUGUUUGCAUACAUGCUCCGCCUUCCUCCUGUAGAGCACAGAGCAGAAGAACCUGUCACAGCACAUCCAGCUAAGGAGAUCCAGCUGAUGCACCGGGCUCCUGUUGUUGGUAUAGCGGUGAUGGAUGGACAUGGCGCUCCUCUCCCUGAGCCUCUAGAGGUGGCCCAUGACCUCGCUCGCUCACCCGACAUGCAUGGGUCACACCAGCUGCUGGUCAUUUCUGAGGAGCAGUUUAAGCUCUUCAGCCUGCCUAAGGUGAGCGCUAAGAUGAAGUUAAAGCUGACGGCCAUUGACGGCUCCAGAGUACGGAGGGUGGGAGUCGCCUGGUUUGGCAGCAGCCGGUCUGAGGACUACGGUGAGAGCGGCCUCAUGGUUUUGACCAAUCAGGGCGACGUGCACGUGGUGUCGCUGCCCGCAAUCAAGCUGCAGGUUCACUAUCCGUGCAUCCGUCGAGAGGACGUCAGCGGCAUCGCCUCCUGUGUCUUCACGAAGCACGGCCAGGGCUUCUAUCUGAUCUCUCCGUCCGAGUUUGAACGGUUUACCGUGUCAACGCGGCACUUGGUGGAGCCUCGCUGCUUGGUAGAGGUUCCUCAUUCAGGCACAGCCGUGCAGCACAGGUCACCACCUGAGAGAUGCAACAGUGAGGACGCAGAAAGUGCAGCUAGACGUGUAAUGGAGCAUGCUUUGCUGAAUGACGAGAAAGUUCUCCAGGAGAUCCAGAAGUCACUGGAAGGAGACCAGAUGUCAUUCCUGGAGAAUCAUGUGAACAAUGCCGUAGCAUGAGGAAACGCUGCUCGACAGUGCAGAGAGAACUGACUUGCUGAUGCUUUUCAAGCCUACUGCAGUCCUGUAGCUACAACCACUACUGUCCCCUGACCCUUCUCCUCAGUGACUGACCUCCCGCUGACUCUUAGUUCACCUCAACCCUCGUAGAGAGACACCAAAGGGCUCUUAGUAGCAGCAGUAGUAGUAGUAGUGUACUCGGAGCGCCACAACGCUGUUUUGAAGGCCAACAGUGUAGACGGAGUUAAAGGAAGAAGCCGCCUGUGCCUGACGACCACGCAGCGUGGUCACGACUGCUUAACCCAAAUCUACACGAUGCACAUUCCUGACCAUGUGACCAGUGCUUUCAAUCAUCCAACCCAUUAUCUCACGUCUGCCAAUAGAUGCCACUUUUUCCAAAGUUGUGUGACUUAAAUAACAAUUACGCCCACAUCCUUCUUGCAAGGCUUCACCACCACCUCCUGUGUGUCGACGGGACUAAAACCUCAGUCUGCUUCACACAGCCGCGAGUGACGGACGGUAUGAUUUCACUAAUGAAGAUGGGAAACGUUUUGAAGCUGAAUCUUAUGUGAUUUGUGCCUUUUUUUUUUUGUUUUGUUUGUUUUAACUCCUGCCAGGAAAAGAAAUAAUGAGACGAGGCAUGAUAUUAAGUUGAUUAACCAGCGUUGUGAGAUAUUGGAUCAAAAACAAGAUGACUAAAAACUGAAAUGAUGAUAUCCCAAGCAAAAGUGAUGAUUAUGAGUCAGCAAUUUUAAAUGGCUGCCAUGUGUAUUGGAAAAUCAAGCUUAUGGCAUACUAAGUUAAAAUGAAUACAUUUAAGUGUCUUUAAGAGAAUAGUUGAAUACCAAAGUCUCUUUUUUUUAACUCCUUAACAUCUUUGUGUUUAAAGCAGAAUUGAUUUUUAUUUUCCUAAAAUCGUCUGUUUCACUCAAAGUCAGCUUUUUACUGAAGUUGUAUUUCAAAAUUUGGCAGUUUUAUUAUUGUUUUUACUUAAGUUAAACUUUGCAAAUCUUUUUUAAGACGCAAGUCAUAAUUUUAACAUCCACAGUUGUACUCAUUACCUCAUGCUUCAUUACUCUUGUUUUUAGAUCUCAUACUCAAACUUUGACCCAGUUAAACUAAAAAAUGUUUAGUCAGAUUAACUUUGCAUUUUGACGUUUCUGUAAAACAAACUUGCUUUCUCAUAAUCUACAUUUUUGACCAACUAUCUGCUGUACGUUUCAGAUUAUGUGUCAAGGGAAAUUAUUUUUAACAAUGCCCCAGAAGAAGAAAAGAAAAAAAUGCAUUUAUUGUGUAUGUUAAAAUAUGGUUACUUGCUUUUUUAAUUUUAUAAUUUACUUAACAAGUCACAGCAUUACUGCAUUGGAAUAAUAACACAGCCCUCACAGACCUUCCAUCCUUUUUUUUUCCUAUUGUGAAAUAACCGGCCAUAGGUACUUUGUCACUACUGCAGAGCUCACAAUGCUGUUUUGUUUUUUUUGGAGGGAGGAACAGGUUUCUAUGGGUUUAGAUUUUUUUUUAAUUAUUUUAUGUAAACCCCUUUUUUUUUUUUUUUAAAUGUCAGCAAUGAAUGAUGUAAUUUAGGAAUGUAAUUGUAAGCUAUUGUAGUAAAAUGUUUUUAAUAUAUAUACGAGUAUGUAUGUGCCAACUGUACCUGUGCGCCUGUUGUAACUGGGGUUGGCAGCUUUUUAGAUCAUACAAGGAAAUAUUUUGGUACUGUGUCUCAGAAUGCUGGGUAUUUUAGCAUCAACCAAGAAUAUAUUUUUGUAGUGAACUGAUUUGAGAAGCAAAUUUUUUUGAUCUGUAACUUCACACUACGGUUUCAUGUUGAUAAUUAUAUCAUGUUUUUCCCAAGCUA